UGGUGAUUCCGUAGCACCAACGGGGACGUACCUAUCCCUUCAUCAGAAAUACGAUGUCCAACUGAGAGUCUGAGACUGAAGCUUGACUUGAACGUCUUCUAACCCACCAUGGACGAGCCCAAGCCCAAAGAAAUUCCCGCCAAAGACACCGAGGAGCCCAAGAAGCCACCCCACACGCUUCCUAACACAGCGGAAGUGUUCGAUCACCGUGGCGACCUUACAUUGACUGUGGGGAGAAACAAGGUCGCCUUCCGAGUUUGUUCCCGUUCCCUCGCUCGCUUAUCGGGUGUAUGGGAUGCCAUGCUCUAUGGACCCCUUGCGGAGGGCAAGACGCAGCACACUAGCGAAAAGUGGGUGGUUGCGCAUCCGGACGAUGAACCUGAGGGCUUGCGCAUUCUCUUACUCGGGAUUCAUGGCAGACUUACCGCCUUUCCACCAUUUCUGACUCAGCUUACGGUUUUCGCUCUUCUCGUCAUCUGCGACAAGUACGACAUGGUCGAAUUCCUGAAGCCUUUCUGGCAUCGCUGGGUACAAGAUUUGCCGAGUUGUUCUCACCCAAAGGAUCUGAUCCAGCAACUGUGGAUGGCUUACAAGCUAGGCGAUCCAGAGUCCUACCGGUCAAAACUGGAAAGCUUUCUCUCCUUACUCGAAAGAAUCUCCUGAUUCUACUUCAACUUGCCUGACAACCGACAAAGAUUACCCCUUGGCACAAGACAUCCACCUUGAGUCUCUGGGAAUACUGCGACAGUUAAGACUUGCCCGUCAGUCAUUGCUCAAUGAGGUUCGGAG